AUGAAGGCUCAUCUUUUCGCAUUAAUCUCCCGCCUUCCUUCAACGCUUGGCUGUCUUCACUAUGUUGGCCAAAAUAUACUUAGCGCCAAAUGGGCCGCAGCUCCAGGCCGCUUGGAUUCUUGAUGAUGGGUUCUUGUGUGUGACGCCGCUUGGGGCUCUUCACGUACUAUGGCAGGUUACAAAGUAAACUGCAUAAGUGGCUACUCCUUGGAGGUCGGGGCCGAUGGGGGCGCAGCUUGGUACGGCACGCCGCACGCAACUUUCGUUGGAGCCAGGGCUACGACCGUAGUGAUAACUUUAUCGUCUGGGACAAUUGGCAGUUUUGCUAAGGAAAGAUCGGGACUGUUCUAGACGGCUUACAUUGGCAGAUGC